AUUGUUAUUCCCAUCUCUAGUCAGGCCGCCGUGGAAAACGCCGUAUUUGCUUUGCAUUUAUCAAGUUUUCUCUUAAAUUAUGAAAAUAAACCACCAUGGAUCGCUUUACGAAUAGCAGUUUCGAGAAACAGACAAUUUAUGAAAUAUUCCGGGCAUGUCGGCUGUGCGGCGCGGGCGGAGGCUACAAAAUGCCGAUCAUCCAAAAUGUUGUUGACUUGGACGAUACCGAUGUGGAACUGAAGCAAAAGAUCAAAGAAUGUGUUCAGAUCGAGGUCCACCCCGAAGACAAGAUGCCUCCGCUGAUCUGCGAGCUGUGCAUAGACAAGAUAAACGACUUCUACGAGUUCCUGGAGAUGUGUCGCAUAACUAACAGCAAGACGCGGCAGAAACUCGGCCUGCCGCCACAAACUCUUGAAGUGCCAGACGAAGACAACUGUAUUUUGGGUGUAACAGAACCCCUGUAUCACAAAGAUGACGAUGAUUCCGAAGAUGAGCCCUUGGUCAACCAAACUGCCAUCAAACCUAAGACUCAAAACCAGAAAGUAUCAUCCAAGAAGGCCCCAAGUCUUACAAUUAAGAAGUGUAAUGUAAAGAUUGAAAACGUGCAAAAAGACAAAAAGCCCCCGCCGAGUCUAACCAGCAAACAGACUAAGAGCAAGGCGGCACUGAAGACGUACCCCUCUGACAAACAGACAGAUAGACACACGGACAACAGCAGACGGAGGCUUCGGUCGCCGUCGCCGCCGCCAGAGAAGAGGAUUACUAGGAACAUGCAGGAGAGUGAUGGUGGGAAAAGACGCACGCUGGACAGAUCAAGUCGCUCGUCAUCCAUAUCGUCCAUUUCUGAAUCUCCGAUUCCGCCACCGAAGAGCAUACUGAAGAAAAAAGAAGUUAAGGUAGAAGACCCUCACAAGCUGCUGGUGGUUCGGCCCAACCCAAAGAAGAGAGUUGCCGAGAAGGAAAGCUCAAAACCUGUGAGCAAGAAAGUGAAUUUAAUUAUUAUUCGCAGGAUAACCCCGCCGCCGCCCCCGCCGGCGCCUAAACCGGUGACGUGCAAGAUAUGCAACGUGCAGCUCAAGUCGGCCAUGUCCAUGAGUGGUCACAUACGGACGCACACACCUACUUAUACUAGUGAAGACCUAGCCUGCAACGCGUGUGGCGAGUGGUUCGCCACUACAGACGAGGCGUCCUCCCACCACGAGGGUCACGGUUCCUUCACGAACCCGUACAAGUGCCGAGUGUGCUACGGCCGGUUCCAAGAGUAUGAGGAGUUUAAAGACCACUACGUCAAAGACCCGUGCCUAAUGUUCAUGGAAGUACCGGACAUGCGCUGCGACGACUGCUGGUUCACGUUUCCCACAGGCCACCUUUACGAGGAGCAUAAGUGUCCCGGGGAGGACGGACGGAGAGGAGGAUUCUUAGUAAGAAGACACUUGAGGAACUUUGAGGAAAGUAGAGGAAAUUAUUCGCUAGGCGUGUGGUGUGACGACUGCUGGUUCACGUUUCCCACAGGCCACCUAUACGAGGAGCAUAAGUGUCCCGGAGAGGACGGACGGAGAGGAGGAAAGUGCAGCAAAUGCAGCCGUAGUUACGCGCUGCUCAAGAACCAAAUGAAACAUGAGGCGGUCUGCAACUAUGGCAGAAAGAAAGGACAGCGAGAGCCGAUCAUCGAUCCGGAAGUCAAGCGGCGUCUGAGGCGCUGCAGUGUGCGCGUGGCGCGCUGCGACCCGCUGCUACGGAGCAGCGCUGGGGGGCAUUAUGACGCCGCCGGGGUGCCUAAGGUUUACGGUUUGGACCCCAACAGCGUGUACCCCUACCUCCGCAUCAAGCGGGAGCCCUCCGACGGGAUGGUCAACAUCAGCUACGACGCGCUAGACUUCGUGCACUGGGACUCUGACUACUCCAGCGACGACACUGACGACUUUGAACCCAGAAGCAAGACGAGGAAAGUUGAUAGCCUGUCCACGAUGACGCUAAAAGUGUUGUUCUCUAAGAAAUGUUUGGGAAAAAUUCCCAGGAAACGGAGAAAGAAGCAUUUCAAAGAGGAGAUUGGGUUUGAUUCGAUUUUGAACACUACGGAUGCUGAUAGGGAUAUUAAGAAGGAUAUAGAUGAUAUAAUAAGUGGUUUGGAUAAGGCGUGGGAUGAUGAUGAUGAUUUCGGUGAGGUUGAUAGGCCGGGGAGUGAGUCUAUUCUCAAUGAAAGCGAUGAGAAAGACGUCGGUAAGGAAACUGAGAAUAUCUGUAAUAUAGAUUUUGGUCUUAGUAGUGAAGGGGAUACGGAAAUCAAAGACGGUGGUGGCACCAAGGAUAAUAAUUUGAAUGAUGAUGAUACAAGGGAAUCGCUGCAAAAUACCACUGAUAAUAAUAAGAAUCAUGAUGAUGCUGUUAGUGAAAACAAAGACGUAGAAAUGAAAGGAUCUGACACAGAUGAGAAAGGUGAUUCUCAAGAUAAUACUAAUGGUAGUCAUAAAGAUAGUUUGGAUGCCUCAAAUGAUAAUUCUUCGAGUGAAGUAAAUAAAGAUUACAUUGAAAGUCAAACGUUCACACAACAGGACAGUCCAACAUUUACUCAACAAUUUGACGGGAGUGCUGAAACCGAAACUCAAAAAGAUGACGAUGUGGGAGAAAAUGAGUUGUUUAGUGAAAAAAACCAAGAUAGUAUAACUGAUAAUGCAAAAAAAUCUACUGAAACGCAUACAUCAGAAGCGAAAUUUGAAAAUAACAUAGCUGGAGUAAACGAAGAAUGCAACAUUGAUGUUUCAAGUGAAAUAAAUAACGACAAACAAGAAGCAGCUACCGAAGCAAAUAUAGUAGAAGCAGCCAAAAUAGUUUCUAGUGAUAUCACGAAUGACAGUAAUAAUGUAAAUGCUAGUAAUGAAGAAAAAGUGCAAGAAAAUGGUGUAAAUACUAAAAAUACACAUAGCGAUAAGAUCGAGUCUACAACAGAAAGGAAAGAUAGAGAACUAAUGGAAGCUCUUGAUGAGCAAAUAUCAGCGAAUGAUAAUCAUGAUGACGAUAAUGUUAGGAAAGAAAACACAGAAUUAUGUAAUGUUAAAGCUAAGACGUUAGAAAGUAACCCAGAUAUGAAAUCUAUGGAUUUAGACGCUGUAUCUGAUGAAGAGUUUAAUUUUGAUUAGGUAGUUUAGAAUUGUCAGGUGAUAGGUUACAAACAUAGAAUAAAGAUGUUUAUUAUAAUAUUAAUA